AUGACGCGUUACAGCAUAUCACGUGAUCACCUGUCAAAGAAGUCUCCGACCGUUGAAACAUGCUUGUUCAACCGCCACUUCCCGCGUUUCACGUCAAUUCCUUCAACUUCAACACGCGAUAAAAACAUUUUACGCUACGGUCAUCUACCCCCAACACCCAAAUGGCAUCGCGAUCGCCAUCCCGUGACCGCCACAGGUCGCGCACGCGCUCUCCUACUCCGCGCUCUCAGGGUUCCCGAUCCCCCCAGCGCCGCAACCAACACGAUUCGCGCUCGCCUGCUCGCUCUCCGUCGCCCCAGCGUCGAAACGGCCGCUACAGGAGCCGGAGCCGGAGCCGCAGCAAUAGUCGAAGUCGAAGCCCGAGUCGUAGUCGCAGCCGAGGUCAUUGUCGUGGAGAGACUAUCUAAGAAUAUCAAUGAGUCACAUCUUCAAGAGAUUUUUGGGCAGUUUGGGCGCAUCAAAGACCUUGACCUGCCAAUGAACAGAACUUUCGGAACAAACCGUGGUACAGCGUACAUCCUCUAUGAUUACGAAGAAGACGCCGAAGCUGCGAUUUCUCAUAUGCACGAGGCACAGGUAGACGGUUCAGCUGUCAACGUUUCCAUAGUGCUGCCUCGACGCAAACUUUCUCCUCCUCCUCCAACAGCUCGCCGUGGGGCCAACAUUGAUCCCAGAGUUCCCUUCUCAGGAGGCCGUGGGGGUCCACCUGGUGCGGGCAUGGGAGGAAAUAAUGGCAUGAGUAGUGGGAGAGGCCGCCGGCGCAUGUCUCCAGGAAGUCGAUACGGUCCUAGGUCGGAUGUAUAUCGCCCGGGAUCCCACUCACCAUCUAGGUCGUCUGCUGGACCUACUUCGCGUAGUGGGGCCGGCCGGUAUCGCAGUCGCUCCAACAAUUCUUACUCAUCUAGGUCGCGCUCGAGAUCUCCAAGACGGAAAGGGGCUGGCCGACAUGAUGACCGCGAGACGACGAGACGUCGCGGCAGUAUUGAUGGUCAUGGCGACCGAAGUCGAUCUCGCAGUCGGGGGAACAAUCCCCGAUAA